AUGCAGCUCCCUCCAGUGUCGGUUAUUGCCUCCUGGCCUAAGCCCAAUUAUGACAAUCCACCAGAGGUUCAUGGCCCUGCCAUCAUAAUCAUGACAGCAAUUUUCAUGCCCCUGAUGCUGGCCAUCAUCGGCAUCCGUAUAUUCACACGCAUCCGGAUAUUGAGAAGUUUUGGAUGGGAUGAUAUAUUCAUCAUUGCCGCUGCUCUUCCCACUCUCGGCUGUGGGAUCAUCACCACCACUGCAGCCAUCACCUUGGGCUGGAAUCGCCAUAUUUACGACGUUCCUAUCUGGCAGCUUAUUCUAGGCCUUCGACUGACGAUGCUAUUGGAAUGUCUUUUUGCUACCGGCUGUACGCUUACCAAACUCUCGCUUCUGUUUUUUACCCGGAAGAUCAUGAAAGGCAGCGGAAGUCCGGCGUUGCAGUGGACUGUGGUUAUCAACAUCUGGAUCGUUGCUGUCGAACUUAUCAUCUUCAUUUUGAACUGCGUCAACGAGAGUGCCCAUUUACUAGCUAGCGGUGCAAUCAACACCGCAACCGACAUCAUUGUUAUUAUCUUGCCGAUUCCCAGCGUCAUGUCUCUCAGCUUGCCCACGCGGCAGCGGAUCAUUCUUAUCCUCCUCUUUGGUGCAGGUUUCGGAGUCUGUAUUGCUGGUGGUGUGCGUGCAUACUACACCUAUCGACUGAAUAUCGCCCACGACAAGACGUGGGAAGCCUACUACCUCUGGAUCUCCGGUACCGUUGAACUCUACGUUGGCGUGGUAUGUAAACACCCUUUCACAUUGUGUAGACAAGACCGCGAAACUAACAACCAGCAACAGAUUGGGGCUUCACUCGCAUCAUUACGGCCGUUCUUUGCGCGCUACUUCCCAUCUAUCUUUGGCAACCAGCGUGAGCGGGCAUCAUACGCUUUCGCAAGCACGAUAGCACGGCGCUACGGCUUCCGCCGUUCAAACCGUGGCAAGCCAAAGCCCAGAAAAGUAAAGGAGGUCAGCGAGGCUACUACCAUUACCAUGAACUGCGACUUUGACUUUGACCUCGGGUACCUCCGCACCCAGAAGAGCGAGAUGGGUCCGGUAACUACAGGAUCCCGAGACGGGGCCGUAGAAGAGUCCAGCGUUGGCAUGCCCCCCGCAGAAACGGCAACAGGAACUGCGGCAACAGGGGCUGCGGCAACAGAGGCUGCGGCAACAGAUGCAGAGCAAUGA